UCAACUUACAGGGUGUAGACAGCGUUCAAAAUUUCGUACCAUAAUCUAAUAAAGAGCACAUAGAGUUGGGAUAGACAUAUAAGCCUUAUCAAUGGGUCUACUUGGGUUUGGGUAUAAUUAGUAAUUACCCAUGGGUGGGUAAUUUGUCAUCCCUAUUAUAAGGUAGAUGUUAGAAACAGGGGUUCUAGAGCUCUCGGAUUCGUGUGGAAAAUGAGGAAAACUAGCUAGAUCAAUUAGAGAAAUCUAACUAGGGAUUAGAGAAGUGAUGGGAAAUGGGAAUUGAACACUAUUAGUAGGGGUGGUAAUUGGUUUUACCGAUGCACCGCGAAAGUGAAGGAGAAGAAGCUUUCCAGUUCGGUUAACCUGGAUAUAACCGGAUCGAUUCUGGGAAGUGGGCAAUUUUACAUUUUUUGAGUUUUCUUUUUGCACUUUUAUAUAAUUUCUAAUUUAAUUCUUAAUUCUUAUUUAAAAUAUUUUUAAUUUUUAUACUUCCAUUAAUGUACUAUGAAUAAUGGAUUAUGUUAAUGAAAAUUUUCAAACAUUAAACCAAUUUGUUAAUUAAUUUAAAACAAGUUCGAAGGGACAACAAUCAUUAAUCAACAUUAAACAUCAUCAAAUCAAAUUCAUCAAACAUCAUUAAAUUCAAAAGGUCAACAAUCAACAUAAUCGUCAAUCGACUAAAGUGCACUAUGACAAUGUCUAAAUUCAAUAUAAGUUCAAACUUAAAAAUUAAAAUAGAUCUUAGAAGUCCCCAAAUUUAACGCAAACAUCAACUCAUCAAAUUACCACUAGCUCAUGCUCCUCCAUCUCCGAUAGAACUUGUACCACCAACAUUAGCACAACCUUGCUGCUUCAACGUCCUGAGAAGAGUAUCAUCUGGAUCGUCAUCGUCAUCUAGGUUUAUGUCUUCGUUGUUGGUGUUACACCCCGCUCUUUCCAAAAGUCAAAAUGACUAUUAUACCCUUGGGUCAAGUUCCACCGUAUUGUCGAUGAGGAUUAAAAAUGUGAACUUUCGGUUCAAGCGGUGUUGAAUUUCAACAUAAAAUGAGAAAUUUACGAACAUUAAUUAAGUUUCGGAUUAAACUCAUCCGCAAGUGUGAAUUUCCACAGAUAACCCUUUGACUAAUUAAAAUCCUAGAAGCCUUACCUAACCCACUCGGCCUCACCCCAAACUAAGUAAAACCCUUCAUCCUCGAACUUAGCUCGUGGAAUCCCUAUCCACAUCCUAAUUCCAUUAUCGCCAAUUUCCAUGGCCUCUCAAGCAGCCAGAGGCGGUGUUUCGCUCCCGGAGAAGCGUCCUUCCAAGCGUCAACAGCCCGACUCCGACACCAUCCUCGCGAAGCUAACCAACUCCGAGAUCGUCUCCAAGGGCAAGCGAGUCGCGUGCGACACCGCCUAUGUUACCAAGAGACUCCUCCGCAGCACCGGCAAGGCGGCUUGGAUCGUCGGGACCAUCUUCUUGAUCUUGGUGGUGCCGUUGAUCAUCGAGAUGGAUAGGGAUCGGCAGCUGACUGAGCUCGAGCUCUAGCAGCAGAGUCCCCUCGGAGCACCGCCGGUUGGUGCGCCUCAGAAGUAGUGGUAUGGGCGCCUCCUCUAAUCCCCAUUAUAUCUUUUAUGGUAAGCAGACUAUUGUUGGUCACUUUAAUUCUUGAGUCGGUCUGCAAUGUGAAGUGGGUAGCUGCAGAACUUGUAACUUAAGGAUAUGAUUGAGGAGGAAUUUUACAAUGCUAUAUAGCAUUGGUGAUAUAAGUUUUUUCUUUAUGGUACAACUUGAAAUUGGACAUUUAACGUUAUGGUACAAUUUCAGAUUGUACCUAUACUUUUUGUACAGAUUCUUUUAUGGUACAACUUAAACUUGUACAUUAUGUGAUGGUACAACUUCCAGUUGUAAAGUUGUACCAUAACAUAAUGAUACAAAUUCUUUUAUGGUACAACCUAAACUUAUACAUUUAAUGUUAUGGUACAACUUCAAGUUGUACAUUAAAACACCAAUGCUAUAUAGCAUAGUAGAAGUGCUCAUGAUUGAGAUGUACAAGGGGUUGAUUAUGGAGUUUUGUCAAUUAAAAGAUCCAUUUCUCAGAGAAGCCAAGCAUGGGACAGGUGGCGGGUUCAGAAUAGAAUGGGUGGAAUUAU